CCUCUCUCGCUCUCUCUAACCAUCCGUCCGUCCAUCAAACGUUCUCUCCUUCUAUAAAUUUUGUACCCCCUUCGCCUCCCUUUUAACUAACCCACCGCUUGUUCUUAUUUGCAACCGCUUUCUUUCUAAGGGCGAGCUAAACGAAGAAAACGAAACAGAAAGGUAGAGAAGGAGAGGAAAAGGAGAGAGAGGUCUGAGGGAUUUUUGGCAUGGCGCCCAGAGAGAAGGCUAACGGCGCCGCCGCCGGGGGCGCAAGAGGCGUUGGGACCGGGGGAGCGGUUGCGGGAGGAGCGAAGGAGGUCCAUUUUCGGGGAGUGAGGAAGAGGCCGUGGGGGAGGUACGCGGCGGAGAUACGGGAUCCCGGGAAGAAGAGCCGGGUGUGGCUGGGGACCUUCGACACCGCGGAGGAGGCCGCCAGGGCGUACGACGCCGCCGCUCGGGAAUUCCGCGGAUCCAAGGCGAAGACGAACUUUCCCUACCCGGACGCCUUCCAGAGCCCCAGCGGGGGCGGCGGAGGCGGUGGAGGAGCCGGGAGCCCGAGCAGCCAGAGCAGCACCGUCGAGUCCUCCAGCCGGGAGGCCGUAGUGCCACCGAUGAUGGCCCAGCCCCUUCUUCCCUCUCUCGAUCUUGACCUCCUCCGCCGUGGCGCGCGGUUCCCCUUCCAGCCCUUCACGACGGCCGCCGCCUCUGCCGGCGUGCCGCAUCCUUACUUCUUCUUCGACGCGUUUCUUAGAUCGGACAAGGCGAGCCAGCAACGCCCGAUGCUGGGCACGCCGGUGAACAUGGCUGAUUUCCAGACCCCGCUGGUCGGCGGCGUCCAGAGCGACUCGGACUCCUCGUCCGUCGUGGAUUUGCACCCCCACCAGCCCUCUCCCCCGCCGCCUAACAUGCUGCCGUUCCAUCUGGAUCUCAACCUUCCCCCUCCUUCGGAGAUCGCCUGACCGGCUGUCGAUCGCCGGCGGCUCGUCGCCGCUUCUUUGCUUGGGACGAAAUUAUUAUUAUUAUUAUUUUUUGUUUCCCUGUGCUUUUCUUGGAGAGCAAAUCUAUCUAGGAGAAACUUAUGUAAAUACUUGACUUUCUUUUUUUCUUUUUGAGUUCGAUAUCAGAUCCGGAGAUCCCAACUCGUUUGUAAUUUCUCUCAGUUUAUCCUUCUUCAAUGGAUUAUGUCUAAAUUACGUUAACGUUUUC